AUGGCGGCCGUUGGCGGAGCCGCUGAGGAGGAGAUGCGGGCGGCGCGGGCCUCGGAAGAUGAAGGCGAGAAGGAAGGCGACGGCGAAGAGGAAGAAGCGGAUGGGGAGUCCGAGUCCGAGGAGUCCUCCGGGGAAGGCGAGGAUGAGGACGCGGAGAAGGAGAACGAGGCCGAGAUCCAGCGCCUGGAAGAGCAGGUGAGGGCCGCGCGGGGCGGGGCGGAGGCGGGGAAGGCCACGCCCCCGCCCGAAGCGAAGACGGGGCCGGGGGGGGCGAGGAGGGUCGCUUUUGGUCUCUCUUCCUGCGGGAGCCUGGACCUCCUCCCCUCCCCCCCCCGGGCUGUGGCGCUCUCGGGGGUGCAGCUGACAGCACCGAGCUGCCUGACGCCGAGGCAGAUCGUUUAGUUGGUUAUCUUGCUGCCUUUCUAUCACACCUUUUCCUUCCUCGUUUAUCAUUGUUAUAACUUCCUCACUUUUAUGCCACCCUUCAUCCGAGGAUCACAGAGCCAGAGCCGUUCGCUUCAUAGAAACACAAUGAUAUGUAACAAUAACAAGCAGACAUUUCCCCCCCCCCACCCCCCCAGAUUCAUUAAUUAAAGAAAGGCCUGGGGGAGGAGGGAUGUUUUUGCUCAGCACCUAAAGAUACGCAACAAAGGCGCCAGGUGAGCCUCCCUGCGGAGAGUGUUCCACAAGCGGGGAGCCACCCCAGAAAAGGCCCAUUCCCGUGUUGCCACCCUCCAGGCCUCUCGUGGAGGGGGCACGCGAAGAAGGGCCUCCGGUGAUGCUUGCGGGGUCCGGGUCAGUUCACAUGGGGAGAGGUGAGGUAGGUUGGGCUGAAAGUGAGUGGCUGAAGCCCUGGUCUCCCCAGCUCUUAACCACUGUGCCACACUGGCUCCUGUUGGCCUAAUUAACUCAGUUUAAAAUGCGCAAGAAGUCUUUCCCAGCCCUGCCUGGAGGAAGCAGGGGUUGCACCUGGGACCUUCUACAUGCAAACCUGGUGUUCUACUACUGUCCUCCAAUGUAGGCAGAUCCCCUGUGCCUCUGCACUCUGAGAGAGAGAGAGAGAUCUCCCUGAGGUACUUUUUGAGACCAUGUUUUGAGCAAACCAUGCCUGACUUUUUGGGGAAGGAGGCCAGCCCUGGGUGAUGACAUGUACAGAGAUGUAGCGGAAGCCAUCAUAACUAGACAGUGGUGUGCAUAGAUUUCAGGUUCCUGGUCUAUGAGCUGGAGCUGGUGCAAACUGCAACUUAGUGUGCUGUGAAGAAAUAUCAGGGACUUGAGCAUGACCUGAGAGAACGGAUGCAUAGAUUCCCCCUACAAUGAUUGUUUGUGGUGCCUUGUUAAGUCAAGAACACACCCAAGAAAAAAGCCAAUGAGGCUUGACUGCUACCUGUUCUUCCACUAAAAGCUUACAAAUAAAACUGUUUUUGUUGUCUUUAAGCUAUCCAUCAAUGUAUUUGAUUACAAUUGUCAUCUGGAUCUCAUAAAAUUGCUGCACCAGGAAGGAGAAUUAGUCAAACUCCAAAGAGCCCGUCAGAAGAUGAGUGAACUCUUUCCCCUUACAGAAGGUAGGCUGUUUUUAUAGCUUGAUUUGCCAUAACCUUAUGCUAUUUAUUUUAUUUAUCAUUACAUUUAUUUCCCACCAUUUCUCCAGAGAGCUCAAGGGGGCAUGCACACUUCUCUCCCUCUCCAUUUUAUCAUCACAAAAACCCUGUGAAGUAGGUUAGGCUGACAGACAGUGACUGGCACAAAAGUCAUGAAGUGAGCUUCAUGGCUGAGCAGGGAUUUGAACCCUGGUCUCCCUGGUUCUGGUUCAGCACUGGCUCCUCUACAUGAUGUGGUGCUGGCUUUAAAAGGGAGUUAGCCUUGUCUCCUAUGGAUUGCCUAUCAAAGGAUACUAGUCAUAACGGUUAUGUGCUACUUCCAAGUUGAAAGGCUGUAUGCCUGUUGUGCUUGUGUUCUGUUGAUAUGAAUGUACAUAUUCUGUAUACUGCAGAAAUCUGGCUAGACUGGCUGAAGGAUGAGAUUCGGAUGGCUUCAGAAAACUCAGAGAGAGACAAGAUCUAUGAUCUCUUUGAGAGAGCUGUGAAAGACUACAUCUGUAAGUUUUCACCUUAAAAAAAUCUAAUACCACAAAACAUUGACAUGUUCCUAAGCCAAAACAGCCUAAACAAGCCACCUAAACUGCAGGAUGCUAAAUUUUAAGCCAGGCAAGUGUAAACUGAAGGCUGAUUGUCCGACUCUUUAACUAUUCCUGGCAGUUUGGCUUGCAAAGUUCCGGGUUCCAAAUAUUUGCUGUUUAUUUCUGUUCUGUACCAUGUUGGAAAACAUGGUACAUGGAGAGAAUAAUUGGAAUGGGGAGAGAAUGAAUUCAGGUAGCUCUAGGGGAAGAGCUGAGGGAUAGACAAAAGUGAGGUCCAUUUAGGCUGGUUUGUCGUCUUCUGCCUUUGCUCUCCCAGUACAGAGAUAAUUUAGACCCAGGAUGGGGAAUCUGUAGUCCUCCAGAUAGUGUUGAACUGCAGUCCCCAUCAUCCCUGUCCAUUGGCCAUGCUACCUGGGGCUCAUGGGAAUUUGGUGUCCUACAACAUCUGGAGGGCUAGGGGUUCCUGGUCUCUGGUUAACUUCCCAAGACUCCCUUACAAAUGAGUACAAAUGUUGACUGUUGCAUUUGCUUUUAUCCAUGUGUAUGCUUGAGCAGUGAAAUCUAUAAGUUCAUCUUUAAAAGAAUUGUUUCCACACUCUUCACAUAAAAUUUACUAGGGUGGCUUACACAUCAUUCAACAGCAAAAAAAUACAGUACAGAAGUCAAUAAUGAAAAAGAGCGGGUAGAACCCAGUUAAAACUGAUCACAGUUAAAAGAUCUUAAAGCUCCACUUUUGGAAUAAAUCGCUUGCAGACCUGAGUGGGCAGCAUUCUGGUGCUUUUUUCUAGGUCCGGAAAUAUGGCUGGAAUAUGCCCAGUACUCGAUUGGAGGCAUUGGCCAGGAGGGAGGCAUUGAUAAAGUUCGUUCAAUCUUUGAAAGGGCGCUAACGGCUGUUGGUCUUCACAUGACGAAAGGAGCUGCCAUCUGGGAGGCAUAUCGGGAGUUUGAAAAUGCCAUCCUGGAAACAGUGCAGGUAAAGGACCACUGUAGUCUAUGCACUAGUAACCUUGAGGCUGAUUUACCGCCAUGUGCUCUAUGCAGGGCUCCCCUUGGGCCUGGGAUGGAAGCUCCAGCUGGUGCAGAAUGCUGCAGCCAGAUUGCUGAUGGAGCAACAUUGCUCUGGCUGCCAUUGAGCCAGAUUCAAGGUCCUUGUAUUAAUUUACAAAUCCCUGAACAACUUGAGUCCAGGGUAUCUCUGGGAUCUCCUGAAGCUUUAUACAGUAUCACAGUUGGAUUACUACGAUAGUCUGCAGGAGCGUCAUUGGCCCAAUCUUGUUGAACACUCUGCCAGUAGAGAUUCAGGAGAUGCCUUCUGUGCCAACUUUUUAUGUCCAAGCUUAUGCAGGGAGUUAAGAAUACAUAAUUUGCUUUAUGAGCUUAAGUUUUGAGCUUAAGUUUUUAUGUGUUUCUAAUCUAAUAUAUAUAACAUGCUGAUUUUUUUAAUGGUAUAGCAGUAUACAAAUACCUUGCUUUGCUACCCUUAAUUUGUACUUGUGCGGAUGGCAAAUCUCCUAAGAAGGGGCUGUAUUCUGUUGAGGCGAAAGGAUGACUUAUUGACUCUCUGGGGAAGUGGGAUUUCCUGGUUCCCUGCAAACUCUUUUUGAAUAAUUGGCCAUUAAGAAGUGCAGUGGGGUGGGGGUCAGUAGCAUUCUGAGGGGAGCCUUCAUCUGGGGCGGAAGCUCUGCUUUCUGUCCCAAUUCCAAGCCAGGGGUGAUGGUGCAGCUUAGGGGGCCCUAUCAGCAGCCCUUGUUGCUUGGGACUUCAUUUUGUGUAUGUGCACAUUUGUUUCUGAUGAGGCUGGUGGGCUCCUAGAGGCCUUCCACUCCUUGCUGCAUCUCGUAGCCUUGUCUGAUGUUCACCAAUUGUUUUCUCCCUCUCUCCUUGUGCAGCCAGCAGCCGGCAGCGUUCCAUCUGCUGAGCAGCAGCAGACAGUCAGCGCACAGCUUGGAAGGAUUCAUGUGCUCUUUAGGCGCCAGCUGGGGAUCCCACUUCUUGGUAAGAACCUGUGAGCUUUAGUGGCUCCAGUCUGGUGGAACUGCAUCUGCUUGGGGUGUGUGCAGUGUGCACCCUGAGACAAAUCUACUGUGAUUCUGAUCUGGGUGCAAAGCUCUGGGUGCCUUCUCCAUUUGAACUUGUGGGGGACUGCAGGCAUUCCUUUUGGCAGCGGCAGAGAAAGGACUCCUGCCAUCAAUAAGGUGUAUUGCCCAGAGAGCCUUUGAACACAACGUUCUCUUUUUAAAGGGAUCUUGGGGAUUUAAGGAGGGAAUUGAAGGGGGAGGGGGGGAACAGGUAACUUUGAAUGUGGCAUGUGUUUUUUAAGGAAGAAUAACUUUUGCUAUUGGUUUCCUGUGGCAGAGAAAUAAGUCUCAAGUUGGUUGCAAUAUAAUUUUUCAUCCUCAUGAAAAGAAACUCUCAUUUCAAAUGCUGAGAGCCAUGCUAAGCAGGUAGGAAAUAUUCUGAAAUGGUUUUUGUUACUUAUGCCAAGAUAUGGAGGCUACAUAUGCAGAGUAUGAAGAGUGGUCUGAGGAGCCAGUCCCUGAAGCAGUGAUCAGAAACUACAAGAAGGCUUUGCAGCAGAUGGCUAAAUGUAAACCGUACGAAGAGGCCCUGGUAAGGUGCUUCCUUGCUGGGUGGAAUGGGGCUGCUCUUUACCAGCAGUGGAAAUCAUAGAAAUGCAGAGCUGGACAGGAUCCAAACCGGUCCCGUCCAACUCUACACCUCUUGCAGUGUAAACUUACAACAAACUUGUAUUAGACAAAAUCUCUGAUGUCAGUGAAGCUCAAAUACAGUGUGUGUUUUAUCUGGCCUCUUAUAAUGAAUUUCUCUCUCUCACAUACAGUCACGGGAAAAGGAAAGUGCACCCUCUUUGAAUUCUGUGAUUUUACAUAUGAAGACAUAGUAACAAUCAUCUUUUCCUUAGCAGGUCUUAAAAUGAGGUAAAUACAACUUCAGAUGAGCAACAACACGUGACAUAUAUCAUGUCAUUAUUUAUUUGAAGCCAAAAUGGAAAAGCCAUAUGUGAAAAACUAAGUACACCUUAGGACUCAAUAGCUUGUAGAACCACCUUUAGCAGUAAUAACAUGAAAUUAAUGUUUUCUGUAGGACUUUUCCCGUCUCUCACGUCAUUGUGGAGGAAUUUUGGCCCAUUCUUCUUUACAACGUUGCUUCAGUUCAUUGAGGUUUGCUUGCAUUUGUUUAUGCACAGCUCUCUUAAGAUCCCGCACAGCAUUUCAGUUGGGUUGAGGUCUGGACUUUGACUGGGCCGUUGCAACACCUUGAUUCUGUUCUUUUUAGUCAUUCUGUUGUAGAUUUCCUGGUGUGCUUGGGAUCCUUGUCCUGUUGCAUGACCAAGCUUCAGCUCUUGGGCAGAGGGCCACACGUUUAAUUAUAGAAUACUUUGAAAUACAGAGGAGUUCAUGGUCGACUCAAUGACUGCAAGGUUCCCAGGUCCUGUGGCUGCAAAACAUCACCCCUCCACCACCGUGUUUGACAGUUGGUAUGAGGCUCUUGUGCUGGCAUGCUGUGUUUGGUUUUUGCUAAACGUGGCACUGUGCAUUAUGGCCAAACAUCUCCACUUUGGUCUCGUCUGUGCAAAGAACAUUUUCUCUGAAGUCUUGAGGUUUGUUCAGAUGCAACUUUUCAAAUCAAAGCCAUGCUGCCAUGUUCUUUUUAGAGAGACGAAUAUUUCUCCUGGAAACGGUUCCAAACAAACCAUACUUGUUCAGUUUCCCCCCCUAAUUGUAUUGUCAUGAACUUGAGAUUUAACAUGCUAACUGAGGCUUGUAGAGCCUGAGAUGUAACUCUUGGGUUUUUCGCAAUUUCUCAGAGCAUUGCACGGUCUAACCUUGGGUGAAUUUGCUGGGAUGUCCAUUCCUGAGAAGAUUGGCAACUGUCUUGAAUGUUUUCCACUUUUGAAUAAUCUUUCUCACUGUAGAAUGAUGGACUUUACAUUGGUUGAAGGUGGCCUUAGAACCCUUCCCUGUUUCAUGGGCAGCAGCACUUGCUUCUCUUAGAGCAUUGUGUCAUCUUUCCUCCUUGGCAUUGAAAACACACCUGAGUGCUCCAGACCAGCAAACAGCUAAAACUUUGGCUCUUACAGAGGUGGGCCCACUUGCCAAUGAUCAGUUAAGCAAGGACAUUUGAUUAGCAGCCCCUGUCUGCUACUUAGCCUUUUAAUUCCUAGGGAAGCGGUAAGGGUCUACUUAGUUUUUCAGGCAUGAUUUCUCCAUCUUGGCUUUAUUUUUGUUAAAUAAAUCAUGACACGGUGUAAUAUGUUAUGUGUUGUUGUUCAUCUGAGGUUGUAUUUACCUAAUUUUAAGACCUACUAAGGAACAAAUGAUUGCUAUUAUGUCCAGAUUUGUAAAACCACAGAAUUCACAGAGGGUUCACUUUCUUUUGCCCAUGACUGCAUUUGUUGUUUUUACUUUACUGCGGGUAGGGGAAGGACUGUGCCUGAGAGCUGGAGCAUCUCUUUUGCUGGCAGAAGGUCCCAGGCUCCAUCCCUGACAUCUCCAGUUACAAAAGCCAGCUAGACUAGUGAAAGCCCUUCUCUUCUCUGAGACCCUGGAGAGCUGCUUCCAGCCUCCCAGGUGGGCUGGGGUGUGUGUGGUUUUUUUAACAAAGUGUUUUUACUGAAACUUUUCAACAUACCAUAUAAUAAAACAGACAAACAAAUAAAACGAAUCUGUUGUGUCAGAGGGAGGUCUGGCGGUGGGGGUAGAUACUACAGGCAAAGGGUUUUGAGAUGGGGUGAAACAUCGGCUCUGGAUUCAUUUCAGUCCGGCUUUCGCCCUGGUCAUGGAACCGAGAUGGCUUUGGUCGCCCUAACAGAUGAUCUCCAUAGACAGCUAGAUAGAGGAGAGUUGUGAGUGCUGAUUCUUUUAUAUUUGUCAGCAGCCUUCAACAUGGUCUUCAACACGAACUUUUGGACCACCGCCUUGCCAAUGUGGGGAUUCAGGGCACGGUCCGACAAUGGCUGCGCUCUCAGGUCGGGGACAGAGGGUGGUGCUAGAGGAGUUGUCGCAGCACUAUCCUUUCCCCGAUGCUUUUCAAUAUCUUUAUGCGCCCCCUUGCCCAGAUUGUCUGGAGUUUUGGACUGGGUUGUCAUCAAUAUGCUGAUGACACCCAGCUUUAUCUGUUGAUGGACAGCCGCCCUGACUCAGCCCCGGACACACUGACCAGAUGCUUGGAAGCUGUGGCUGGAUGGCUGCGUGGGAGCCGGUUGAAGUUAAAUCCUUCGAAGACAGAGGUCCUCUGGCUGGGUUGGGACAACAUGGGGUUGGGGGGGGCAAACUCCCAUCUCUUGCGGGGGCUCAAUUAGUGCCAGUGCCUUCUGUCAAGAGUUUGGGUGUAACCUUCGACGCCUCUCUUUCUAUGGAGGCGGAGGUUGCAGCCACAGUAAAGGUGGCAUUUUUCCAUCUCUGCCGUAUUAGGUAGUUGGUCCCUUACCUUUCUCGCCCUGAUCUGGCCACAGUGAUCCAUGCGACGGUCACCUCCAGGCUUGAUUAUUGUAACUCACUCUAUGCGGGGCUGCCCUUGAAGCUGACCCAGAAACUCCAGCGGGUGCAGAAUGCCGCAGGGUCCUUACAGGGUCCUUGCCGCGGGAUCUCAUUCAUCCAGUGCUUUACCAUCUGCACUGGCUCCCGGUGGAGUACAGGGUCAGGUUUAAGGUGCUGAUUUUGACCUUUAAAGCCCUACGUGGCCUAGGACCCUCAUACCUACGGGACCGCCACUCCUGAUAUGCCCCACGGAGGACCUUAAGGUCCAUAAAUAACAACACUUUGGAGGUCCCAAGCCUCAAGGAGGUAAGAUUGGUCUCAACUAGGGCCAGGGCUUUUUUGGCACUGGCCCUGACUUGGUUGAACACUCUGUCACAAUAGACCAGGGCCCUGCGGCAUUUUACAUCUUUCUGCAGGGCCUGCAAGAUCAAGCUGUUCUGCCUGGCCUUUAGCUUGGACUCACUCUGACCCCUUAUAUGGGAUUUGGUAUAUAAAUUUUCCCUUGGCUUUUUUGCUGGCCCAUGUAGGACCAGCAUGGAUAGCUGGCUCGGAUGAAUAUCUGAUGUUUCCUCCCUUUAUGGUCCUGAUUUAUGGGCUACUACUAAGCUGUAUUUUAAGCCGUAUUUUAAUUAACUGUCCCCCCCCAUUACAUUUUAUUGUAAUUUAUAUUCAGUGUUAGCUGCCCUGAGCCUGGCCCUGGCUGGGGUAUAAAUUAUUAUUAUUAUUAUUAUUAUUAUUAUUAUUAUUAUUAUUUUAUUUUACAAUUUUAUUAUUCAAAAUAAUAAAAAGUGUUCACUCCAGGAUGGUAUCCAGCUAUUUUCCAAUAGAAUAUCCAGCUGCUCCUCAUUCUGCUAGGCAAUGUUUUCCUGAUCUUCAACCCCAGACAUCCAAAGUUAAAUGGGGCUCUCCAGUCAAACUAAAUGUCAAACAUAGUCUUCCUCCAGUCCAGUAUAUCAGCUUAACAAAAGAAAACAAAACAAAACCCAUCCAACAUUAGGAAAAAUCCAUAGUUAUUCACUUGUUGUAUAUUAAUUAAUUCAUUUCUUAGAGUGCUGAUGAUUUUAUUUGUGUGAACUACAUUUGUAAUGCAUUUUGCUAUGAGACUUAUUGGUAGAAAACACUGAACACAUGUAAAUAAAUCAUGUCCUUUCUCCACCGGCUGCUCCUAUUUUAUUUCUAAGCCGCCUUGAGUCCCUGUCAGGGAAAAAGGUGAGGUAUAAAUAAAUAUAUGCUGCUGCUACUACUACUAAUGAUAAUUUCAUAACAUCCUGAAAUGGUUCCCUUCCUCCCCCCACCCCCUUUAAUUUCAGCUAGUAGCUGAGACGCCAAAGCUGGCAGAAUACCAAGCCUAUAUAGAGUUUGAGACGAAGGCCGGAGACCCGGCUCGCAUUCAGCUGACCUAUGAGCGUGCCCUGGCGGAGAACUGCCUUGUGCCAGACCUCUGGGCUCAUUACACACAGUAUCUGGUAAGGAGCCCUGAGAGAGUUUCUCUGAGCCUCCUGAGAGGCACCUUUCUAGUAGUCUAAGGCCACUAGUUUUAACCAGAGCUGUGUUGCUUGCUAUAAGAAAUUUAAAAUGCUUCUCCAAAGAGAUCCAGACCCCAUGAAUGUGCAGUGCAGGUUUGCAUGAUUGCUCUUGACUCUGUACAGUUUAUUCUGAUUUUGCUCGUGGGGAGGGGGCUUCUGAAUCACAGACAUCUUAUUUUAGCUGCUUCUUUGGCUUAAUGUGGUUUUAGCAGAUGUCACCUGCUUUCAAGUGUAUCUUCUCCAUGUGGCCUAGAAUCUUGAGCAGAGACCUUCACAAAGCAGAAGUUCAAAACAGAUUGGGAAACAUAUGUCCUUGAGAGAUUAACUAAUAAACUAAGUGUGAACAGAGAUGGCUUUACUCUGGUGUGGUUUAAUUCAGUAACAUAUGCUAGUAAUUUGGAAACAAACAAUCCCUCCCAUCAGUAUUUUGUUCAAUUUGGUUUAUCUAAAUUUAAAUUUAAACAUAAAUUAUUAUCCCCUUCCACAUUUAUCACCAACACUUUAUAUUGUUUCAUUGGUAACAUAAGAGGAAAAAUCACUAUUACUCUCUCUCUUAAUCUGAGCACAACCACAAGGGCUCCUGAUUAGGCUUUUAGUUAUGUGAUGUUGAAUGUUAUGUGUUAACUCAGUUCUAUCCUGUUUCCCCUUUGUUUUGGUUUAAACCAGUUUGCAAAUUAAACACUUACACAUUAACCGCUAAUAAUGAACCAUAUGCUGUAGAUAUUAUUGCAAAUUUAUGCCACUAUUUUUGUGAUACACAAACGACACAAGAAGGCUGUUUAUUUUAUAUGCUUUAUUAUUUCUAUGAUCUUUGUUUAUAAAACCCAAUAAAAAGUUAUUCAUAAAGCAGAAAGUGACACCCAGAGGCCAUGUUCUGUGCGCCUGUGGAACUGAGCACACACACACACACACACACACUAACUUUGGCAUCGGCUUUGUCUUGCAGGACAGGCAGCUGAAAGUGAAGGAGCUGGUGCUUUCCGCCCAUGAGCGAGCCGUCAGGAAUUGCCCGUGGACUGUCAAGCUGUGGAACCAGUACCUCCUGGCCAUGGAGAGGCAUCAUGUUGAGCAUGAGCUGAUUUCAGGUAAAGAAGCACUCAAUUUAAUGGAACACAGACUUGCGUUGCUGCCUUACACUGGGUGCUAUGCAAGCAGUGACGAUGGUUCGCACAAGGCCUCCGUCCGUUUUGUCCUGGCUGUGGCGCUUCCUUUGGUGCUGAAUGGCCCUGGCAGAAGGGCUCAGUUGGCAGAGCAUCUGCUCUUCAGGGAGAAGGUCCCUGGCUGCCUCUCCAGGCAGGGCUGCCUGAAGCGCUGGAGAGCCACUGCCAGAUAGAGUGGGCAACACUAGGCUCUAGAUGGGCCAGUGGACUGACUCCGUCUGGCAGUUUCCUGUGACUAGUCAGCCCACACCCUCCCUGCCAUUGGGAGAACGGAGGGCUCUGAGGGAAGUCUUAAGCUUGGUCACUCCCAAAUCCAGGAGCUGAACUCCAAAUUUCAUCCUGCUACCAAUGGGAGGAUACAGUCAUAGAGUUAGAAGGGACCCAAAGGGUCAAUCAGUUCAGCCCCCUGCAAUGCAGAAAUUAAAGCUAAAGAAUUGACCAGGUAGGGUGGGGUGGGCAGAUCACAAAAGCCCCAUUCAUGCCGCUUGCUUUUCUUUCUUGUGUUUAGAGAACUUUGAAAAGGCUUUGAACGCUGGCUUCAUUCAAGCUACUGACUAUGUGGAAAUCUGGCAGGCGUACUUGGAUUACCUGAGGAGAAGGGUGGAUUUUACUCAAGGUAAAAUUUAAUACGUGUUGGAGAAUCUUCUAAUAGUCAUUUGGGCAAUUGCUGUAUUUCUAGACUUAGUUCCUACAGCCAGUCAAUGAGGUAGCCAUCCUGUCUCUGGUCUCUGCCACUUUAGUACAGAAACAGCACAGCAGAAAACUCUUAUGAGCAUUUUGGUCUCUGAAUGGUGCUCUUCUUUCACUUGGUCUUUUUCAGACUCCAGUAAAGAGCUGGAAGAACUUCGGUCUGCAUUUGCCCAUGCAAUAGAAUACUUAAAGCAAGAAGUGGAAGAACGUAUGUUGGGGCUUCUAUUUUUAAAAAGGAUAGGUAUAUUUUGGGCUUAUGAAUGCAUACGGCACUGAAAGCUUCUGAUGCAAUUUGUGACCCCUGCUUACUUGCCCAAGUCCUUAUAGACCCUCCUGGGGGCCGUACUCAUCAGAUGGGGCCCUCCUGAUGGUUCCACCUCCCUCAGAAGUUCAAGUGGUGGUGGCCCAGGAAAGGGCCUUUUCUGUGGCAGCCCCUAAGCUGUGGCAUUCCAUCCUCACUGAGGUGCAUCUGGUAGUUUCACUAUACAGCUUCCAGAAAAUGGUGAAGACACACCUCUUUACCCUGGCUUUUGACACUUGAGAUGUAUGCUUUCAGGACCCACCCUAUUCUUGUGAAUGUAAUAUGUGUUAACAAUUCCAAAUUACCUGCCGGUGAUGGGUGGCAAUCAAUUUUAUAAUAAUAAUACACAAGACCUUUCCUUAUCAGAGCUUUAUUUGCCACUUCCUAUGCUGUUCCAAUCUUAUAGGAAUCCUACUUUCCCCACAGGGUUUAGUGAGAGUGGGGAUCCUUCAUGCACCGUAAUGCAGACCUGGGCGAGGAUUGAGGUAACCUUGGCUCAUUCCACCAUGGUGUAUGUAUGGCUCUGCUUUUGGGGUUGGGGGUUGUGAGUCUAAAAGGAUGUGCUAUCCUUAUCAGAGCUUUAAAACGCUGCCCUUUCUUUGGAUGUUGGGCAUCCUCUUGUUUCUCCUUGUUAGGCUCGCCUGUGUAACAACAUACAGAAGGCACGAGAACUCUGGGACAGCAUCAUGACCAAGGGAAAUGCCAAGUAUGCCAACAUGUGGCUGGAGUACUACAACCUGGAACGGUAAGAGAUUUGGCAGCUGCCUUCCUGGGAUGCUUCAGCUCUGGCCCUGGACCUAUUUUACGGCUUCCCAGGUUCCUGUUCAGAAACCCUACAGUUAAGAAAACAAUCAUUCAGAUCUCAUGCCAGGGUUUUCUCUUUGGCAGCCUUCCCUAAUCCUCAAGAUUUGUUUGUUUAUAUCUUUAUUUCAUAAAAUUUGUAUACUGCUUGAUUGGAAAAACAAACACCCUCAAAGCAGUUUACAAAAAGAUAAAGCAAUAAAAUCAAGAAAAAAGUACAGCCAUACUUUAUAACAUUCAGGGGUUAAAAUACUAAAACAGAUUAAAAUUAUUUCUACUUUCCAAGCAUCUGGGUACAUUUGUUUAAACAAUGGUCUUAGCAGGCACCAAAAAGAGUACAAUGAAGUCACCUGCUUGAUAUCAAUAUCAAGGAGUUCCAAAACGUAGUUGCUGCCACACUAUAAUGUUAGACUAUGAGGCCAAUAAUUGCUGGCAUUGGCUGGAUCUGAUACGAGUUGGAGUCCAGAAGGAUCUGGAGGGAACCAGGUUGGGGAGGACCUGAAUAUCAUAUUCCCUUUGUGUGGGGUAAAAGUACUUUUGGAUUUUAAGCCAUGUCCGGAGCUCUCCCAAGUGUUCUUGCACGGGUUCACUUUGUUCCCAGUGUGCCUUCUGGCCUUUGGGCCUCUCCCAGGUUGAAAGCUUGGGUCCAACAUGAGUCCACAGGCUGCAGUUAGUGAAAUUAUUUGGACGCCACUCAUGAAGCAUAAAUGUGCUACAAGAACAAACAGGCUGUGCUUGAUGUACAUUUGCAGCUGCCAAACCCUUCUUUCCCUCCGAUUCCAGGGCACAUGGCGACACCCAGCACUGCAGGAAGGCCUUACACCGGGCUGUGCAAUGCACAAACGACUACCCAGAGCAUGUCUGUGAGGUGCUGCUUAUGCUGGAGAGAAUUGAAGGUCAGCUGCUUUUGUGAAGCUGUUGUGUGUAUUGCGUUUGUAGUGGCUAAAGCCCUGAUUGGCUGAACGGCUGUGGUGUCACAGAAUGUUCUGAAAGCUGUUCUCUAGGGAAGCAAGGGGGCUUCGGUCCUGGCUUCCUCUUUCUCUUGGUGUGAUUUGUAUGUUGUUUUCUUGUCGGGAGCCCUUCAUUAGAAAAUAAACUAGACCCUGCAGCAAAAAAUGAUUUUCUCCACUAGUUUUCCAUGUUCUCCCUCCCAGUGGUCAAUAUUUUGUGCCUGCUGGGCAUGCUCAAUAUUUAUUGGCCUGUUUUCUCUCCCAGCCCCAUAGUUAAAUUUCUUGCUCGCUUGUGCUGAGACACACUGUGCCCCAGCUGCCAACCAUAUUAAAAACUUAGAUUUCUCCAAUAAUUUCUGUGGGUUGCCUUUAACUUCUGUCUCUGGUGAUUCUUUAAAAAUGGCUUCUAGUGUGAACUAGGAAGUCAUCUCCCAAGACAGUGAGAUGGUUUUUUCUCUACUGUGCUUCUUCCUUUUCUAGCCCCUGCAUUCUGUUCCCCCCUCCUACAGCAUUCUGUGCCAUCUAGUUAUUACCUGACUCUUCUGGGGUUUUUACAAACUUUCUUUAAAUGAUUUUUUGCUUCUCUGCAAAUCUCCCCAAGUCUGUUGAUGCCCUUUUCUUAUGUGUGAGUGUUGCAGUUUUGGCUACAUAAGCUUGAGAAGACUAAUUUUAUUUAAUUAUUCAGGUUAUUUAUUUAUUCAGGUUAUUCAGGCAUGCCUCACAAAGUGGUUCACAUAAAAUAAUUACAACAAUAAACUUCACUUUUUUAGCUGUUUACCUUCCUGCCACAGCGGUACCUAAUUAUCUACUUGCACUGGUGUGCUUUUGAACUGCUAGGUGGGCAGGAGCUGGGACCGAACAAAGGGAGCUCACCCCGUCGGGAUUUGAACCACCGACCUUCUGAUCAGCAAGCCCAAGAGGCUCAGUGGUUUAGACCAUGCACUAUCUGCGUCCCUUGGAUAUUGCAUAUUGGCAGUGUAUACCCAGUUCUGAAGGAGGCGUAUGUAGAAUUGGCAGAUGUUUAAAAAAAUAAAAUCCUUCUCUUUCUCUCAGGCACUUUGGAAGACUGGGAUGCAGCUGUUCAGAAGACAGAAAACCGGCUUGCUCGAGUCAAUGAGCAGAGAGUUAAGGUCAGGAUACAUGCAUCUUUUUAAAUCUCCUAUUGUAGCUUUUCCCGACCUGGUUCCUUCCAGGUGUUUUGGACUAUGAAUACAAUCGGCCCCAUCCUGCACCUGGUUGGGAAGUCUUCCUUAUUCAAACAUAGUGCUCCUUCCUUGCUUUUUAAAGACAUAUUUUUAAUUGCAGACCCUGCAAAUUAAGCAAAACUUUCACUAAACCUUGGGUGGGAUGAGGUCUCCUGUGGUUCAGGUAGCGACAGGGUUUUCUGUUAUUUAUUCAUUUUAUUUUAUUAAUUUACAGUAUAUACUGGUCUUUAUCCAUCAUUAUUGUUCAGCAGCUCCUUGGAUUAGUUCAGUUGGGUGGGAAGGAAUCUGGAUCUGAAGGCGCAAGGCCGGGGGUUCCUCUGCUUCUUAGGGCACAGGAGUCUGUUAGGAGGCCACGGCCUCAGUUGAACUUUUUGCUCACACCGUUGCAUCUGUUUGUAGGUUGCUGAGAAGGAGGCUGUCCUGGCGAAACAGGAGGCACAGCGAUCUGAGCAGCAGAAGCCAUCGCGGGCAGAGAAGAAGAGGGCUGCCAAAAAGUCCAGGAAGCUGAAAACUGGAGAGAAGCGCAAGGCUGACAGUGAUGCUGGCGAAUGGGGGCGGGAGGAGGAGGAGGAGGAGGAGGAAGGUACUGGCUCCACCUGUUUUUAUUUAUUUCACAAAAUGUAUGUACUGCAAUGCAUUUUAUGUGGGGCUUCCCUCGCGCUUGAUCCAGAAGCUGCAGUUAGUGCCUUCCCCUAUAUGUGCCGACUCAAUCUCUUUGGUUGGCGGAACUGGCACUGUUAGCGGUGCCACAGAAUUACCCAUUCAGCAUUUGUAAGAAACUUCUAGUGUGGCAGCAUGCUACUCUUUUCAGCACCUGAUAAAACCAUUUUAGCCUACGCAGGUGUCAGGGUGGAUUUGAUUUAAAUCAAAUCCAUAAAAUCACAAUUUAAAUCACUAGUCAGUAAGACUUGAUUUAAGUCAUUUUUUUUACAGAAAGACUCAUUCUUGCUGGUAUAAUCUUAAUAUUUACAAUCAGAUGUAGGCUUCAUUUUUGGAAUAAUAAGUUUUCAGAGUGAUUUUUACAGUUGUAUCAAAAAUUACUGAUUUGGUUAUACUAUUAGAAAUGCAUAGACAGAUAAUUAUGAAAUGAUUGUGAGGUUUAAUAACUUAACUUUGUAUGUGUAUAACUUUUCUGCUGUACUUUAAAACAAUAACAUAGCAUACGUAUCCAUGUUUGCUAACUGAUGUGGCAUUAAACUUUUUUUUUAAAAAAAAAACUUAGACACAUGAAAAACUUAAAACAAAUCCUUAUUUCCUGAUGGAUAGCUUUUGGACUAUGAUGUAACUUAAAUAGAAAACUAUCUUUAGAAAGAUUUUUCCUCCAAAAGCAUUUUAUUUUAAAAAUCCAAUUUAAAUUUUAAAAAUCUGAUUAUUUUUUUUUAAAUUAAAUUAUUGUUAAUUUUUCUAAGUUACAAUUUUAUUGCUUUAUCAUUUUUGAAAACUGCUUGGAGGAUUUUGGACAGUCAAGUGGUGUAUAAAUUUUAUGAGUAAAAUAAUUGCACCACUUGAAUGAUUUUUUAAUAAAUCAAAGUAGUUUACAAAAGGAUAAAACAAAAUUAUCUGUAAAAUCAAAGUUAACCAUUUAAAACAUUUGAGAAACUAAUUAAAUAGUACCUGUGCACAGCUGCUAGGGAGCUAGUGCUUUGAAUUUGGUAGAACAUCUGAGUAAACAUAACAGAUUAAAGUAAAAAAGCGACCUGCAUCUUUUCCCUCUCCCCAAUAAAUUGUGCAGCUUUGCUCUUCUGCAUGGAACGCCCUAAACAACGACUCAGUCUUCUACUUGGCAGAGGCUUUCUAGCCAGUGGGAGAGACAGAACUAUCCCUCUCUUCCUGGUCUUUCUGCCUGCUUCAUUAGUGUUUUCAAGUAGUACCAUAGUGCUGUAAAUGUGUGGUGUGACUGUGGCUUCAAUGUUUGCUGCCCAGUUUUCCCUUGCCUUCCUUCUGUGGACACUGGAGCGACAAGGCCAGUGGCUGCCCCCUCCUGCUCCUUAACCCCUUUUUUUGUGUGGCUUUCAUAAAUUAGUUCCAGUACGUGCAGUGGGAUGUGAAGCGAUAGCCUCAGGUGGAACUUCCCCCUUCUCCUUCAUAGCCUCUGCUUAAUAUUUUGCAGUAUUAAGCCUCUGCUUAAUACUGCAAAAGCCUGUAUGUGGCAGUGGAGCCACGUCAGUUGGGAAUGUCUCAGUCGUUUAAUGUCUCUUUGACCAGCUGAACAGCCCAGCAAGAGGCACAAGACGGGGGCUGGUGAUACUUUGGCUGAAGAGGAGGUUGAAGACAUGGAGAUGGAAACAGGGCUCUUCGGAAAGAACAUGCCCACAACUGCAGGUUUGAGACCCAAGGAGGAGGCAGCGGCGGCCGCUUCCAAGUGGAAAGACACCCCCAAAACCUUUCAUGACAGCAAAAAGGACAACGUCACUGUCUUCGUCAGCAACCUCUCCUACAGCAUGGCAGAGCCUGAGGUGAAGCUGAAAGAUCUCUUUGCAGACUGUGGGGAGGUGGUGGAGGUCCGUCCCAUCUUCACCAACAAAGGGGUUUUCCGGGGCUACUGUUACGUGGAAUUCAAGGAAGAGAAGUCAGCACUGAAAGCCCUCAGCCUAGAUCGGAAAAAUGUGGAGGGGAGGCCAAUGUUUGUGUCCCCGUGCGUCGAUAAGAACAAGAAUCCAGAGUUUAAGGUAUACUUGCCUCCUUCCUUAAGCUGCUAACACCAUUGCUGGUCUCUGGGUAUCGGGGUGAGGAAGUCAGGUGGGGCAAAGACCAUUGUGGUGCAGCUGUGGCAGGACUGGGGAGCAUGUUGCCACUCACUGGUCAUGCUGGCUCAGGUUUGUCAAGGACUGCUCCCCAAACCCUGGGUGCCAGGCCUUGGUGACUUAGCUGGAUCUGGUUUUCAGAGUCUACCACUCACCCUGUAAGGUAUGCUGCCGCCACCCCUUCAGCCAGCCAGGGUCAGGGAGACCCCCAGACCUUACUGGACACCACUAAGGUGUCUAGAGAAGCCAGAGCUGAGGAGGAGGCUCUCUGCUCCAUGAACCCCUCAGGGUCAUCAGCUUACAAGCAAGCAAGAAGUUAGGAACUGGACUUUAGUACCCCAAGGCUUCACCCAAGUAGAUCAACACCAAUUUUAAAUUUGGUAGAUUUAUUAAGAAAUAGUAAAAUAAAAUAAAAGGUGGUUGUUUAGUCGUUUGGUCGUGUUCGACUCUUCGUGACCCCAAGGACCAGAGCACACCAGACACUCCUGUCUUCCACUGCCUCCCGCAGUUUGGUCAAAUGCAUGUUGGCCGCUUUGCGAACACUGUCCCACCAUCUCGUCCUCUGUCGUCCCCUUCUCCUUGUGCCCCCCAUCUUUCCCAACAUCAGGGUCUUUUCCAGGGAGUCUUCUCUUCUCAUGAGGUGGCCAAAGUCUUGGAGCCUCAGCUUCAGGAUCUGUCCUUCCAGUGAGCACUCAGGGCUGAUUUCCUUCAGAAUGGAGAGGUUUGAUCUUCUUGCAGUCCAUGGGACUCUCAAGAGUCUCCUCCAGCACCAUAAUUCACAAGCAUCCAUUCUUCGGUGAUCAGCCUUCUUUAUGGUCCAGCUCUCACUUCCAUAGAGUGGUAUCUCGGGUUACGAAUGCUUCGGGUUACAGACUCCGCUAACCCGGAAGUAGUACCUUGGGUUAAGAACUUUACUUCAGUAUGAGAACAGAAAUCGCGCUGCGGCAGUGGGAGGCCCCAUUAGCUAAAGUGGUACCUCAGACUAAGAACAGUUUCAGGUUAAGAACGGACCUCCGGAACAAAUUAAGUUCUUGACCAGAGGUACCACUGUACAUCACUACUGGGAAAACCAUAGCCCUAACUAUACGAACCUUUGUUGGCAAGGUGAUGUCUCUGCUUUUUAAGAGGUUUGUCUAGGUUUAUCAUUGCUUUUCUCCCAAGGAGCAGGCAUCUUUUAAUUUCGUGACUGCUGUCACGAAAUAAAAGGUCGUAGCAUCAAAUGGGCCCAAAAGGCCCAUAAAUGUUCACUUAGAAGUCUAAUUGACAAAGUAGUUGGGAAUAAAACCAGAAUAAAAUAACAAAGCUAACCUAUCCAAUUCCAAACCUUCCGUAGAGUAUUGAAUUUCGGUUGUAAUUCAUUGUAUGGGGGCGGGGGGUGACCUCCUAGGUGUUGCAAAGAGACAGGAAAGCGACAGGGAGUGCCCCAAACAUGAAAACAGGCUGGCUUUACGGUAAGAAGCAUGGUAAUGGGCAUCUCUCUCAGUCCUGCUUUACUUAACUCUUUGAAAUGAGGGCAACCAAUGUGUCCCACUGGAUGUUGCUGGACGGCAGCUCCCCUCAUCCCUCCCCUUUGGCCAUGUUGGCCGAGAGGAUGGCAUUGGCUCCCCCUGCUCUAAACCCCUUUCUCUUAUGUGCAUGUUGUUGUCUGCUUUUCUUCUACUUGUUUUUUUUAAAGAAAAAAAAAAACAUUUGCAGCUUCCUUUCCUCUUUGUUCUCACCAUCUCCCUCCUCCCUAACUGCAGUUAGUCUGCACUAAGAUGGCUCCUGCAGGGAGCCUGUGAAGAAAGGCAAGCUGGUUGCCAGACAGACACACACACACACAAAAUACAGUGGUACCUCUGGUUGCGAACGGGAUCCGUUCUGCGUAUGUUCGCGGCGCGAUUUUGCACAUGCGCGAAGUGUGAUUUAGCGCUACUGUGCAUGUGUGAGCAGCCAAACCUGGAAGUAACCCUUUCCGGUACUUCCAGGUCGCUGCGGGACGCACCCUGAAAAAACGUAACAUGAGGUAUGACUGUAUAUAGUUUCUCCCAAGACCGUCAGUGUACAGUUCUAGGCAUUUGAAUUUUAAGAUCAUAGUUGGGCAAUAUGUAAUUGGGAGAAAUCAAAAUGCCAUGAAGUGCGGUAAGCUUUUGAGUUCUUCAGCCAAAAUGUAAACUUAAAAGUUCUGGAGACCUCAAAAGCUUUCCACACUUCGUGGUCCCAAUCAAGGUAUUGCCCAGCUGUGGAUGUGGGCCCCACCCCUAAAGAUCAACACAACUUCCAUUUUUUGAAUUUUAAGAUGUGAAACUGAAAUCCUGCAUACAGUGGUACCUUGGGUUAAGUAUUUAAUUCGUUCCGGAGGUCUGUUCUUAACCUGAAACUGUUCUUAACCUGAAGUACCACUUUAGCUAAUGGGGCCUCCCGCUGCUGCCGCGCCGCCGGAGCCUGAUUUCUGUUCUCAUCCUGAAGCAAAGUUCUUAACCCAAGGUACUAUUUCUGGGUUAGCGGAGUCUGUAACCUGAAGCGUAUGUAACCCGAGGUACCACUGUAUAUGUUUUUUAUUAAACCCACACAACUUUGAAUAGAUUGGAUCUUUCUCAAACGUUGCUUGUUUUUGGAGUCUUAGAAAUUCUUGUUUCUCUUCCCUCAAGGUGUUCAAGUAUAGCACUGUCCUGGAGAAACACAAGCUGUUUAUCUCUGGAUUGCCUUUUUCCUGUACUAAGGAGGAACUGGAGGAAGUGUGCAAAGCCCAUGGGAGUGUGAAGGAGAUCCGGCUGGUCACAACUCGUGCUGGCAAACCCAAGGUAGGCCUUGACCACCACUAGUGGUUUGAGCAGAUUCCCCAAGAGGAAGACCAUAUUGGGGAGCGGCUUUUAAAAAGCUUGGUUGGAGAACUGUAUUUGGAUCAUUGUCCAAGUUGCCCAUUAAGAGGAACGGGAAAUGCAGUGUGCUGCCUUCAUAGCACAUCUUCUCUUUACUGUUAGGGCCUAGCCUAUGUGGAAUUCGAGAAUGAGAUGCAGGCCUCCCAAGCAGUGCUGAAAAUGGAUGGCCUGACAAUCAAAGAUCAAAUCAUUAAGGUGGCAAUUAGCAACCCGCCUGCCCGAAGAUUCCCUGAGAAGUCUGAGGCAGCAGGGAGAGCCAUGGCACCCCGGCAGAUCUAUGGCGCGUGAGUAUAUUUUGGGUGUGGUCUCCUCCUUCAGGGAGUGCAGUAUGGCUUGCUCCCUGCACAGCAGCACAACAUCUUCUAGGACACCUCUCUCUCUCUCUCUCAAGCCUUGUCACUUUUGAGACCUCUGGGCUGAAGAACACUGACUCCAAUGGUGCCAAUGGGUAAUUCUCAUAGUAGUCAAGACUUCUGUGUUGUGCAGAUCUGACCAGAAAAGAAGCCUUGUGUCUCCUGAAAGCCCUUUGCAGAGAGGCUCUUACUUGGCAUCAAAAACAAAUAAAUGAUGGCAUCUUUAUUUUAUUUUCAGGACCAUGUAAAACCUUACCCAGGCACUUGGGUCUUAGCUGUGGCUUAUGUCGUCUCAUGGCUAGACAUACAGUAGUAGGAAAAACAGUUGAAUCUGCACAAUGAAUGCAAGGCACAGAAUUUUAGCAUGCAGUAAGCAAAGCCCCCAACAUUUAUAUCUCGUUUAAUCUGUUCUUUCAAAAGCCGCGGCAAAGGGAGAACCCAGCUCUCGAUGGUCCCUCGUGCUCUGCAGCGCCAGAGCACCCCCAUGGCCAAGGCAGAGAAUGGAAUGGCCCAGAACCCGGCAGCGCCAUCCCUCCCCAUGGCAGAGGAGCCUAAGAAGAUGUCUAACGCAGACUUUGCCCGGCUGCUUCUGAACAAGUGA